GUUGUGGCUCCAGUCAAGUGUGCUGGUGUGUGCUGACGGGAUGAGAGAGUGAUAGUGGAAGCAAGAGUGAGGUGUGAUUCUCUCGUGCCAUAAGUUGCGCUUUGUUCAUAGUCCGUAGGAGAUUUAGAAGUAGUCGAGUUGAAAAUGGGAGACGAUUUGAGAGAUGAAUUGCUGCGAAAUGCCAUACGCACGCAGCUGAGGGAUCGCAAUGUCAAACUGUGGAUGCCUCCGUAUGCAGAAGAGAGCGGCAAACCGAAUGACAAGUCCUUACAGGCCUUGGCUGAAGAAUUUUCUACUCAAUUAAAGCUGGAUAAGGAAGACUGUUUACAAAUGCUUCUCAGCCUCCAAGAAAAUGCCAUUAAGCGAAUGAAGGAACAAGAACAGUUUCGUUCUGGAGGUAUUGCCACAUUGCACAUCCGAUUUAGUGGGUUUUCUGCUGACGUGUUGCCAUCAACUUCAAAAAGUAGUCAGGACGCAAACGCAAAGAAUCAAACAGAAGUUCAAAUAUCUCUUAAUGCACGUGGAAAAGACCUUGCAGAUGCUGUGUCUCAAAUAUCAGGAAAACCUGUAGAUCAAAUAAAGCUAAUUUGUGGGGGUCGUCUUCUGAAGCAAGAACAAAAUCUUAAAGACCAAGGAGUUAAAAGCUCAUCUAAAAUUAUGGCAAUUGCAAUAAAUGAAGAUCCCAAUGAAGUUGAUAAGGGCUUGUCAUACAGUAAACUAUGUGAGAAGACUCGCUCUGCUGCCUCAACACUUUCUAGAAAGAGAAACCAAUAUGCUUCUCUUGAGCUUGAAAACCAAACUGGCAGCUCUUUAAAACUAGAUCAGCGAGAGAAGCAAGCUCUUUGCCUUGCCCUUGCCUUGCAUGAGAGAGGACGUUCUGCAUUGAAACGAAAUGAGAACUCUUUAGCGCUGUUGCUUUUCUUGGAAGCUGAUCAAGAAUUUCAGCAGUGCAACUCUGAUCUCCUGAAGAGUGUGGACAAUGUAGCUCUUCUGCAGCUGGACAUUGUGUGGUGCUAUUUGUGCUUGCGUAGCAUGUCACACAUUCCAGAUGCUGACCGACGCUUAAAUUUGUGUGAAGCAACAUUGGAACGCACCUAUGGCAAAAAUCUAGAACGUGUAGAGGCCUUGAAAGGCACCGCUGGGAAUGAAGCGGCUUUACUGAUGCGUCUUCAUUUGCUUCAAGCUAUUGUCGCUUUUCAUCUAAAUAAAGUUAGUCUGUCACAAGAGCUACUUAGGAAAGCAGAGUCAGAGCUUCAAUCUCUCAAAGUCAACUCAGAUGAUAUUGUACAGAUUGUAGCUUUAGGGUACUCAACUUCUGAAGCUCUUUUGGGUCUAAGAGCCUGCCAAGGAGAUCUAAAUGCAGCAGUCAUCAGAAUUUCUGAGUGGCAGGAGGAACGAAAAAAAGCAAGAGAAGAAAGCAGGAAAGCAAGACAUAGAGAAAGAGAGAGGCGAAAACUGGGAAAAACUGCGGAUGGAUCACAAUACAUUGAGCCAGAUUUUGUAGAGACCCUUUGCGGCAUGGGUUAUGAUCGAUAUCUUGCCAUUUCUGCUUUGAAACACUCAAAUAAUCACGUGACUCAGGCAGUGCAUAUGUUGCAAGAGCAGCCACAUCUUCUUGAUGCUAAAAGGAGGUGUGUGCGUGUAUCUUCAGAAGACGUAGUUCAGAUUUCUGCUUUGGGAUUUGACACUGAUAUAGCUCGCCUUGCCUUGCGCAAACAUAAUGGAAAUAUUGAAGCAGCAGUUGCUGAUUUAUUCAAUAAUCAAGGCAUUAUAACCGUUACUCCAGAUCUUGCCGAAGCGGAGACAGAUGAAACAGCUACUGCAUCAACCAGUGCAGGUGAAGGUGUUUAUGAUGCAGAAACAGUGGCUGAGAAUGACCAGAGGGAUCAAGACGAACAAAUGGAAGCUGCUUUGGAAUUGGAAAAUGACAUAACAAAUGUUGAAAAUGAUCAUCUUUGUAUUACCCUCGAAGAAGAAGAAAAUUUUCUCCUUGAAUAUAAAACGCUCUUGAAGAUGUAAACCCUCAAAUUGAUUCAAGCUGAUCUACAAGGGUGUUUUGCUUUCCUUUGCAUGCAUGUGCAUGUUCUUUUAAAUGCUAAGUGUUUCUGUGUUAUUAUCUAUAAUGUUUCUGAUGUCCAAAGCUGUCAAAAACCAAAGGUAAUUUUUUCAUUAGGAGAGCACCAAUUUUAUGGAGCUCUAACAAUUGUGCAAUUCUUGUUGAGGGUUCUCAUAAACAUUGUUCCAUCCUCUUUAUUAAUAAAGUUUUUUUCUUUUUGAA